AUGGCGUCAAGAACGACGGGACGGUCGCUGCAAAGCCUGGUACGACAAUCAAGGCCAACCUGCGAAUGCGCCAGCUCGAAACACCCCCGAACAGCAUCGAUCAGACAGUUCUCAGCGUCAAAAUACAGGAGCGAUGCGCAGUACGAGACGCAGCACGAAUCACGCCCCAGAUGGUCAUACACGCCAGAGAAAAUGAAGGCCCCAUUCCCGUUGCGAAUAAAGGACCCAGACAAGGUGUGGGAAUGCAACAGCGAUCCGCAAGUGCUAGACCGGUUCUACAUCAGGUUCUUGGGUCGGGGCGGCGAGCAGGUGCUUACGGAGGAGGCCAAAUGGCUGGCGGUUACGCAUAAGAGCUUUGAUCAGGGGCGGAGAGGAUUCAAUGAUCGGUUGGCAUUCUUGGGUCGGCGGAUCAUAACCUUGCAGACGAACAUUGCACUUUUGCAAUCCGAUGUUGCUACGAAGACUCAGACCCUCCCAGACCCAUCCGACGACCGUGUUCCAUUCUCACAUCCUGCGUUGGAAGGGCUGCGGAAUUUGACGGACGUACCGAUCAGCGAUAUCUUGAACAAGGAUAGACUCGGGCCACUGGCGACCUCGCUGGGAAUGCGGGAUGUCAUUAGAUGGAAGCCGAGGAUGGUUCAUAAAUUGGAGUCUUCUGGUAUUGAUGUGGUACUGACUACCUCUUUGUAUGCCAUCAUUGGGGCGAUUGCGUUGCAGAAAGGGGGAAACGCUGCGGCCCAGGCUUCAAGAGAGUCCAUUCUCAAGCCGCUGGGAAUAGUAUAG